AUGGGAGGCGACGCCACGAGGGACGAUGACGCGUGCGACAGGGCCGCCGCCGCCGCCGCCGCCGCGGCAGAGGAGGACAGCAACAAUAGUAACAGCAACAGCGGGUGUGGUGACGGCGAGGGUGAGGGCGACGGCGACAGCGGUGCGCCGGGCGAUAACGAGCUGAAGAAGGGGCUAUGGACAGCCGAGGAGGACGCGGUGCUGAUGGAGUGCGUGCAGCGCUUCCGCGAGGGCAACUGGACCACCAUCGCGCAGCGCUCGGGGCUGGCGCGGUCGGGCAAGAGCUGCCGGCUGCGGUGGGUGAAGCACCUGAGCCCCGCCAUCCGCCCCGGCCCGCUGAGCGAGGCGGAGCAGCGCCAGGUGAUCGAGCUGCAGCGGCGGUACGGCAACAAGUGGGCGCUCAUGGCGCAGCACAUGCCGGGGCGGUCGGACAACGCGAUCAAGAACUUCUGGAACUCGUACCGCAAGCGCAUGCAGCGCCGCGUCAAGGCCGCUGCUGCCGCUGCACGGGAUGGGGGGAGUGGAGGGGGAGGAGUGAGUGGGGGUGGCGCGGGUGAGGCGGAUGGCGAGGCGGGGGAGGGGGAGGGGGAGGGGGAGGGAAGGGGGGAAGGGGAGACAGGGCAGGCAGCGCAGCAGGGUGAGAAGGAAGAGCAGGGGCUGGUGCGUGCUGGUCAAUCCAUGACCACACCUGCAGCAGUAGCAAAGGCAGUGGCAGCGGCGUCGGCGUCAGGAUCAGCAGCAGCAGCAGCAUCGCCUGUGUUCCUCGCCCGGUCGUCCACGCUGCCAGCGGCAGCAGCAGCAGCAGCAGCAGCAGCGGAGGUGAGUGUGGGCGCGCGGGUGUUCCCCAGAGCCGUCUCCCAUGGGGCUGCGUAUGCCACGAGCGGCAGCAGCAGUAUCAACACCAUGCACACAUCGCCGCUGCACCCCUCGCCCCUCCAGCCCUCCCCGCCGCUGUUCCACUCACCCUCGCUGCCUGCUCUUGCCCUCGCAGCUCCCACGCCCCUCGCCUCCUUCCCCCACCUCAGAGCAUCCGCCUCCUCCUCCUCGCUGCUCACCGUGCCUCGCUCGCUCGCCCCCACACCUCCUGGACUUACCCGCGCACACCCUGCUGCUGCUGUUGCCGCACCCCUUGUGGCGGCCGUACCGCCCAUGCCUCGCCUCACACCUGUCCCUGCAGCAGUGCGGGGGGCGCACCAGUCCUCAGACUGCCACGUGGCAGGCGUGGCGGGGUCGCCGCUGCUGGACCAGCUCAGCGCGCUCAGGUGCAUGGAGGAGGAGGAGCAGGGGGGGGGCGGGGGACCUGGCAGACCCGGGGCGGGCUCAACUGGGGCAGAGGUGAGGGGAGCUGAGGGAGAAGCAUGCAGGCCGGCCUCUGCAGGCGGUGUGGUUCCUGGUGCUGCUGCUGGCGGGUUGCCUGACCACAUCAACGGAGUCAACGGAGUGAAUGGGUUUGCACGAGACAGCUCACAGCAGGUGCUGGGUGCUUCCCCCAUGCGCCUGCCCCUUGCGCGCCUGCCGCCAUACCAAGCCAUGACAACACCCGCGUGCACACAGCACCCCAUGGGAGGGGCGACCAUGCGCAGAGCACUCUCCUUCUCCCCCGCCACUCCCCUCACCGUCCUGCCCGCCACCACCCCUCCGCGCUUCCCCACUAUGCCUGCGCACACCGCCCUCACCACCGCUGCUCCCGUGAGCACGCUAGCACCAUCUGCUGUGUCGCUACCAGCAGCCCUCAUGCCCCGCCCCAUGCCUCUACCUGUUCCUCUGCCCGGGGCCGCACCUGGGAGUGCCACUCCUUGGAGCAACGCAGUGGGAAGCAGCAUGGGCCGGGGGCUGUGUGCGGGCAACCCACCGGUACCUGCCGCACAGGCAGGCGGCAGUGCGGGGCACGGGACGGUCAGGCCUGGGGGACCCACCCGCCCGCUCCUCAUGCUGCCUGACGGCCACACACACGCUGCGCUGCUGCACACGCCCUCCCAUGCGCUCGCCUGCUCUCAGGCGCCUGGCGGUGUGGCGGGGUGCGCUGAGGCUAAAGCCCUGUUGGGCCCUGCCGUGCUGCCACAAGGGGUUGCGUCGCCCUUGCUGCUGCCGCCACUGCAUGAACCCCUGCAGCCGCAACCACAGCAGCUGCAGCAGCAGCAGCAGCAGCAGCAGCAGCAGCAGCAGCAGCAGCAGCAGCAGCAGCAGCAGCAGCAGCAGCAGCAGCAGCAGCAGCAGCAGCAGCAGCAGCAGCAGCAGCAGCAGCAGCAGCAGCAGCAGCAGCAGCAGCAACAGCAGCAGCAGCAGCAGCAGCAGCAGCAGCAGCAGCAGCAACAGCAACAGCAGCAGCAGCAACAGCAGCGGUGCGUUGCUGUGUCUCCCCUGUGUGGCAGCAGUGCACAUGGUGUGCGGGACGUGGCUCUCCGGAAGGGUAGCAACCUGGCUUAUAACGCGGAUGGAACCCAGCCUCGCCCUUGUGACGCUUGGGAGUGUAACGAGGGAGAUAACGUUGUGCAAUCGGCUCAAGACCGCGGCACUGACUGCUGUGAGUACGGUGCACGCACGCUGGUGCUGCACGGAGGCACGGGGGAGGGGCGGAGCAGAGGGGGCGGCAUGGAGUGGGAGGGAGCUGGAGGGGUGGAGGUGGAAGAAGGGAGAGCUGAGGAGAAGGGGGAGGAAGGGGAGUGGGAAGAGGGGAUGGAGGGAGAGGAGGCGAGGGAGGCGGGGGCGAGGGAGGGUGGUGAGCUUCAACGCUUGUGGCUUCCACCGUAUCUGGACACGCCGCAGAGCUCCUCCCCGUGCGGUUCAGUGAAUCUGGACGCGGUGGGAGCGGGCUUUGAUGCGGAGAUACUCGUGGUGUUGGCUGAUGAAGGCACGGGCGCACAGAGCGCAGGUGCACUGCCCGCUGCCACUGCUCCUCAUGCCUCGUCUGUGGGGGCGGCUGCUAGUGCGGGUACCGCUGGUGGUGCCGCUGCUGCGGCGGCAUCUGCCUGUGAGGAGAGGGGGCAGCAGCAGCCGCGCGGUGGGCAGGAGCAGGAGUUGGGCACACAGCAGCACGGGCAGCAGCAGCAUGGGGGCGAGGUGGAUGGGGAGGAGAGCCUGUCAGGCACGCUGUGCUCGCCCUCCACUGCUGCCUCGCCCGCUGCUGCGCCCUGCAUGGGCGACCACACGCCCAUCUCCAAGCGCUCCUCCCUCGCCUCGCACACGCCCCUGCGCAAGAGCACGCCUGUGUCUGCCCGGCGCCCGCUCUUCUGCGCGAGCAUAGAGGAGGAGGAGGAGGGCGAGCAGGUGAAGGAGAAGCAGGAGCAUGAGGAGUGGGGGCGUGAGUGGGAGUGUGUGGCAGCAGAUGAUGGUGAUGCAGGUGGUGAGAAAGAGCGUGGAGGAGAGGAGGGCGGGCAGCAGGGCGGGCAGCAGGCGGCGCAAGGGUUGGCAGGGGAGUGCUUGGCGGCGGGUGUGUGGGCGUGCAGUGGGGACAGGGAGCGCAACACUGUGUCUCCCCUGCACCGCCACCUGUCAGUGGCCGUGGCUGUGGCUGACGCAGGUAGGGUGGGAGGGGGCAUGGGGACUCAGGUAAAGGAUGAGGUUGGCACGGAGAUGGAUGGGGAUGGCAAGGCCAAGGCCGUGAGUGGGGAAGGACUUGCGGAUAUGGGAGGAGGGGGGCAGGGGAGGGGUGGGAGUUGUGAGAGGGAGUUGGAGAAGGGGUUGCAGGACGGAGUGGUGGAGGGGUCUCUGUCUGGGGGGUCUCUGUCUGGGGGGUCUCUGUUUGGGGGGCUGUGCUCGCCCGUGCCACUGCUGCCACACACUGCAGCAGCAGCAACGGCGGCGGUGGAGGAGGCUGCAGCGGAGGCUGCAGAAGAGAAAGGGGAAGCAGCAAGAGUGGAGGCAGCGGGGGUAAUGCAUCCUGUGAUUGCUGCUGCUGGAGGCGCAACCACAUCAUUCGCAGCAGUGGCACCACCACCACCAGCGCCAGCAGCGCCAUCGGCGUUCUUUCCAACCCGUCCGCACCUGCUGUGGUCGCCUGCUCGCUCGCCCCUCUUGCCCCUCUCACCCCUCUCCCCCACGCCGCGCUGCCUGCCGCCUGCUGUGUUCCCGGGCAUGGGGAGUGUGGGUGCUGCUGACGGCAUGGACGCCAGGGGGCGUGUGGGCAGGAAGAGGCCGCUGGGUGGGCUGCCAGCCGCAUCAUGCCCCGUGGGUAGCGCCGCUGGUGCUGCUGGUGCAGUGGGUGCAGAUGGGGUGGAUACCAUGGGCAGGGUGGGCGGUAAGCGGCCCCUGGGGGACGUGUCAAGGCUGGGUGGCAUGCGGCAUGUGGGGAGUGUGGGAGGGAUGAAGGGGCUGGGUGGCAUGGGUCGCUUGGCGUGCGUGGAUGCUGUGGCAGAAGCAGCAGCAGCAGCAGAAGCAGCAGAAGCAGCAGAACCAGCAGAAGCAGCAGCAGCAGCAGAAGCAGCAGCCCAGCAACCGCCGCUGUUGCUGCCAACCAACCCCUCCUCGUCCCAUCAACCGCCCGCUCUCAACCCCUCCCACACCACGGCCCCCGCCAGCACCCAUCAUCCCGCCCCUGCUCCUCCAGCAGCAGUCGCAGCAGCAGCACAAGCCUCGGAGCCGCCUCUGUCGCACCGGCGGCUGCAGCAGCUGCAGGAAGCGAGGCGCGUGUGGCAGGCCAUCCUGGACAGCCCACGUGGCAUGUGUGCCGCCCUCCGGGAGUGCAUGCCGCCCGCCCUGCGCCAGGUCACUGCUGACGUCACCACGCCGCUGUUCCCGCUUCCUGCUGCUGACGCCAUCAUGCCCUGCGCUGACGUCACCAGCCCACUUGUGUUGGGCGAGAUGAGGGAGAGAGGGGAGAGUGGGGGAAUGGAGGGGGGAGGGGCUAGCGGGGAGGUGGGGAAGGGAGAUGCGGAUGGAGAGAUGGUUGCUUUGGGGGACAGUGGGGGUGGGGGUGGUGAUGUGGGGAGUGAUGGCAGUGAUGCGGGUGGCAGUGGGGGCGGCAACAGUGGUGGCGGUGGCAGUGAAGAGGCAUGCGAGCGAGAGCUGGUGGAUGGCAUGAAUCGCCUGCAGACGGGUCAGGCGGUGGAGGGCGAGGAGGGCGAGGAGGGUGGGGAGGAGGGGGAGGAGGGGGAGGAAGGGGGAGAAGAAGGGGAGGAGCGAGAGGAGGAGGUGGAGGAAGGGGAGGCGGAGGGUGUGGAGGCUGUAGGGGACUCGCAUGACCUUGAGAGGGAAAUGGGGGAUGGCGGGCAGAAUGGAGCACAGGGAGGGGGGUGUGAGGUGAAUCAGGACGGUGGUGUGGCUGGGAGGGGUGGGGAGUGCAGCACACAGGCUCGGCGAAUGGAGGUAGGGACAUGUGAGGGGGGCAGUGGUGCGGGGGCCAGUGGUGGGGGGGGAUUGCGGCAGCCAAGGAGUGAGGAGAGCAUGGCAGUGGAGCAGACAGCACGGAGGGCGGCGCAGCAGCAGUGGGUGGUGGACGAUGGGUUGACUGCGGAUGGCAGUGCGCACAAGCGAGUGAGGGUCAUGCAGGGUGGUGAGUGCAGGGCGCGAGAGCAGGGCUGUUGGGCGCACCCGGUGGAAGAAGAAAAAGGAAGCAACGAGGAAGCUGCUAGUGCCGGGGAGGAGUGCAGAGAGCAGGGGGUGCGGGUGAGCAAGGGAGGCAGCAGUAGCGGGCACAGCAAGGCGAGGCAGAGGAGGGGGUGCCGCAGCCAGCGACCCAUGACCGUUGAGAUCCACCGCCCGUUCAUGCGUGUGACUCGUGUGGCGGGGAAUGCAGGCCUGCAGGUGGAGGGGAGGAGCGUGAGCAUGCAGGAGGCUGCAGGUGGCGUGGUGCGGGAGAAUGAGCAGCAGCAGCAAGGGGAGGAAGAGGAGGCAGGGGUGCAUGGCAUGAGUGAGGAAGGAGGAGCAGACAGGGCAGGCGACCCGGCACUGCACAAGGGAAUGUCCGAGCAGCAGCACGGGGAAAAGAACGGACAGCAGCAGCCGCAGCAGCAGAGCCCCCUGCUGUAUCACUUCCACGGCUCAUCCUUGUUCACCCCCACUCAAGCACCCCUCCUCACGCCCUCCCUCACCUCCGCCUUCACCCCCUCCUUCACCCCGCCCUUCUCCCACCCCCCUCCCCCCACCUCCCCCCACUUCGCCUCCCUGCUCGGCGCAACACCACCACCAGCCCACGGCAAUCCAACAGGCGCAAAUCCCUCAAAGGAGGGGAACAUGGAGGGAAACCAUGGCUUCGGACAUGGGCACGAGGAUGGAAGGGGGCAUGUGCAAUCGCAUGGCCAUGCGCCUGGGUCGGGAUCAGGAGUGGGGUCAGGGGCGCUGCUAGCUGCAAGCCCGCGGUUUGAGAGUGGAUGGGUGUGGGACAUGAAGCUCGAUGCUCUCUCACCAGCCGCUAUGGCUUCCCACUAG